CCAUUUACUUUUAUCUAAGGUGGAGAACUACAAGAUUAACUACUGUUUUGCUGUAUAUUGUCCACUAUUAUAAGGGUUACAGUGUGUUUUGUGGUAAGAUGCAAUACUCUUUUACGCCAGCAGAGGGCGCUUGGUGUUUUGGGGAUCAGUAGCUGACGCCGUAGAAGAAGUCUAGUCAAUACGGUGAUCUGAGUAACGUAACUGCACCAAGCUCCUGUAGUCAUGUUAAUUUUGCAUCUUUUUGCAGGAUGAAGAGGAUGAAACUGUGUCUGUUGCCUUUACAGAGGGGGAUCCAGAAAGGCAUCUAGAGAGCAUGGCUGGACAGCAGCAGGAUGCUUCCUCAACUUCCACUGCACAGAUUGACACAGUGAGAUGGAUGUUCAGUAAACACCAGAGGUUCAUUCUGUGGAAUUCAUGUGCAACUGUAUAAUUUAAUGUCCUCUAUGUAUUCCCAGUUACCAGUAAAACAAAUAUACAAAAUCCACUUGCUGAGAAAAAUACAAAAAACAGAUAAAGAAAUGCAGUACUUGGACCACCAGAUUAAGAAGGCAGAUCUGGAAAUUGAAAUACUGGAGCACAAGUUAGAGGUGGAGUCCUGACUGGUUCCAGGAAACAGAUCACCUGUCUGAGCGUCCAUAUCACAAGGAUGGGUGUAAAGCUAACUGCUAGGCUAGCGCUCACAGUUAGCCUCCCUUAUCAGUCUGAACGUGGCUGUCGAGCACACCAGCUCAUGUGAUUUAUAUUCGUCAAACAGAGUCGUAACCUGCAUGGUCAGAAAAUAAAAGUGAUCCAGAGAACAGACCUGGUCCUGAGAAUCACUUUAUUUCACAAGACAAAGCAGGAGACACGAUGACGUCAGAGGUGCUCUUGAACAUCCUGGAUGAUCUGGAUGAUGAUCAGCUGUCUACAUUCCAGUGGUUCCUGCAGAAACCCAACAAUGUUCAAGGCCUCCCAGCCAUCACAAAGAGCCGACUACAGACACUAGACAGGUGUAAAACUGUGGAUGUGAUGGUGGAGACUUAUGGACUUCAGAGAGCUGUGCUGGUGACCAGGGUGGUUUUAGAGAAGAUCUCCAGGAAUGAUCUGCUGCAGAGGUUUCCUGCCAGCAGCUCAGGACCAGAAGAUGAGACUGUUCCGGUACCAGAACCACGUCCCAUCAGAUAUUACCAACAGAAGCUUCAGUCAAACUUCCAGGACACGUUUAAGGUUACAACAGAGGGGUGGGCAGCAGAUGAGGAGCUUCUGGUUAAUAUCUACACAGAGCUAUACAUCACAGCUGGCCGGAACGUGCACGUCAACACACAGCAUGAGGUCCUACAGAUUGACAAGGUGUGGAAGCCAUCAGACACAGAGACACAGAUCCAACCCAGAGACAUUUUCAAGCAUCCUUCUGGAAAAGACAUACCCAUCAGAACAGUGCUGACCAAUGGGAUUGCAGGGAUUGGAAAAACAUUCCUUGUGCACACGUUUGUGUUGGACUGGGCCGAAGAAAGAACCAAUCAAGACGUGCAUCUUAUUUUCCCGUUCACUUUCCGUACCCUGAAUUCGCUGCAGGGAAAAGAGUUUGGUUUGGCAGAGCUCAUUCAUGACUGUAUCCCAGAAACUAAAGACGUCACAGUGGAGGCUCUGAAUUACAUCUUUACAGCUCUGCAGUCAUCAGGAACCAGCAGCUACAAGAAGAGCAGAUUCAAACUGCUGUUUGUGUUUGAUGGACUGGACGAGAAUCGCCUUCGUUUGGACUUUGAUGUCAACAACAUUCCCUCCGUGGACGUAACAAAGCCAACUAAAAUAGAAGUCCUGCUGAGGGGACUGAUCAGUGGAAAACUGUUGCGCUCAGCUCGCCUCUGGAUAACCACACGACCUGCAGCAGCCAAUCAGAUCCCUCAAAACCUCAUUAAUACUACAACAGAGGUCAGAGGGUUCACCGACCCACAGAAGGAGGAGUACUUCAGGAAGAGAUCCAGAAAUGAGGAGCAGACCAGCAGCAUCAUCUCCCACAUGAAGAAGUCACGAAGCCUCCACAUCAUGUGCCACAUCCCAGUGUUCUGCUGGAUCACUGCUACAGUUCUGGAGGAGCUGCUGGAAACCAGAGAGGAAGGAGAUCUGCCCAGAACCCUGACUGAGAUGUACACAGAGUUUCUAAGAUUUCAGAUUGAUCACACAAAAGCAAAGUAUGGUCCAAAGAAACGCAUUCAGUACAUUAAGUCAUUAGCUAAACUGGCUUUUGAACAGCUGCAAAAGGGCAACCUGAUCUUCUAUGAGAAAGAUCUGAGAGAAAGUGGCAUCGAUGUGAGUGAAGCCUCAGUGUACUCAGGAGUGUUCACAGAGAUCUUCAAAGAAGAGCGAAGACGGAAACAGAAAGACAAGAUGUUCAGCUUCGUCCAUCUGAGUGUUCAGGAGUUUCUGGCUGCUCUUUAUGUCCAUCUGACUUUCAUCAACUCUGGAAUCAGCCUGGUGGAAGAACAACAAACAACAUCCCGUUGGUCUGAAAUGUUCCAAGGUUAUUCAACAGUUUUCUACCAGACAGUGGUGGACGAGGCCUUACUGAGUCCAAACGGACACCUGGACUUGUUCCUGCGCUUCCUCCUGGGUCUGUCACUGCCGACCAAUCAGAAUCUCCUACCAGGCCUGCUGACACAGACAGGAAGUAGCUCACAGACCAAUCAGAAAACAAUGGAGUACAUCAAGAAGAAGAUCAGUGAGAAUGUGUCUGCAGAGAGAAGCAUCAAUCUGUUCCACUGUCUGAAUGAACUGAACGAUGUUUCUCUAGUGGAGGAGGUCCAACAGUCCCUGAGAUCAGGACGUCUGUCCACAGAUGAACUGUCUCCUGCUCAGUGGUCAGCUCUGGACUUCAUCUUACAGUCAUCAGGAGAACAUUUGGACGUGUUUGACCUGAAGAAAUACUCUGCUUCAGAGAAGGUUCUUCUGAGGCUGCUGCCAGUGGUCAAAGCCUCCAAGAAAGUUGUACUGAGUGGCUGUAAUCUGUCAGAGAGAAGCUGUGGAGCUCUGUCCUCAGUCCUCAGCUCCCAGUCCUCCAGUGUGACAGAGCUGGACCUGAAUAACAACAACCUGCAGGAUUCAGGAGUGGAGAGUCUUUCUGCUGGACUGGAGAGUCCACACUGUAAACUGGAAGCUCUCAGGUCAGGACUCACACUUUGAAACUGUGAUUUCUAUCAGUGGAUAAACAGCUAACCUGAGUAGAAUCAUUUCUGCUGAUGGGAUUCAUCAAAUGAUCUUUUACUGAACUUGUGCAGGACUUUAGGAGGAGUUUAUUUUUUUCCGCGAUUAAAUUCCCUAAUCAUUGUUGAGAUUGCUGAUUUGCUUGAGACACAUGAAACGUGCAGCAAAACGUAGCUGACAGACAAAGAAGAAAAGAAAGAGUGAGAAACAUCCAUCCAAGUGUUGUCCGUCAGGUUUGUGUUGUUUUGUGUGUGCAGGCUGUCAGGCUGUCUGGUCACAGAGGAAGGUUGUGCUUCUCUGGCCUCAGCUCUGAGCUUCAAGACCUCAAAUCUGAGAGAGCUGGACCUGAGCUACAACCAUCCAGGAAACUCAGGAGAGAAGAUGCUGAGGGCUAAAGUGGAGGAUCCAGACUGUAGUCUGGAAACUCUCAGGUACAGACAGACAGACACUCUUAGAAAACUAUCAUCCUAGUGUUGCAGACCAAUCUGCCCCUUUCCAUCGGUAGGUUUCAGGGUGUGUGAGACGUCAGAGGAAGUGCUGCAGUGGUAGGAAGGAAGAAGAACAGUGAAGCUGAAGAAGGGUGAUGUGUACAGUGCAGCUGCAGUCACAGCACAUGUUAUGGUCCAAACAGAGAAGUAGAUCCAAGUGUGUUCUGGAGAAGCUGAGUGUGUGUACAGUGUGCUGCAGAGGUUGAAUAAAGUUCUUGGUUCUCCACCGCAGAGUUGGUCCGGACUCUGAAUACAAUUUGUUACCAACAGCGAGCCACACUAAGCUAAGUGAGCUAGCAUUUACCCGAGGCUGUUAAACUAUGGUUCACAAGCCGACGAAACCGGGUCGUUAACACUGGCUUAGCAGAAAGACUGAAAACAGAGGAUCUGUCAGCCUCGCUUAGCAGAAAGACUGGAAGCAGAGGAAACUGUUAGCCUAGCUUAAGACAAAGACUGCAAGCAGGUUAAACUGUUAGCCUAGCUUGGCACAAAGUCUGGAAGCAGGCUAACUGUUAGCCUGGCUAUGCACAACGACAGAAACCAAGGGAAACUGUUAGCCUAGCUUCGCACAAAGACAGGACGCAGAGUGAACUGUUAGCCUAGCUCAGCACAAAGACUGUAAUCAGUAGAAAACUGUUAGCCUAGCUUAGCACAAAGACAGGAAGCAGGGUAAACUGUUAACAAGAAAAUCUUGCACUUUUGGCUUAUUCCGAUGCAGACUGGGCAGCUGACCAAAAUGACUGGCGCAGUGUGGCUGGUUACUGCUUUACUUUGUCUGAGAGUGGGCCUAUUAUUUCCUGGAAGUCAAAGAAACAGCCCACAGUAGCUUUAUCCACAUGUGAAGCUGAAUACAUGGCUUUGUCAGCUAGCGCACAGGAGAGUCUAUACCUUGUACAUUUGUUGGCAGGAAUGGACAAUGAGACGAACUAUACUCCUGUUACUGUUUUUGAAGACAAUCAAGGUGCUAUUGCCCUUUCAAAGAACCCGGUAUGUCACCAACGUUGCAAGCACAUUGAUAUUCGAUAUCAUUUUGUCAGAUCUGUUGUUGGUGAUGGCAAAAUUACUCUUCAAUACUGUCCUACAGAUAGAAUGGUGGCAGACAUUUUUACGAAACCUGUAACUAAAAUAAGAAUGGAUAAAUUUGUACCUUUUCUAUUUGGUGUAUGAAGAUGUGGUAUUGUAAAUGGAAUUUGUAUUGUAUAUGGAUUUGAUGCACUGUGGUGUACCCUAGUCAGUUAAGGAACAAGUGGGGGUGUUGUGAUGUUGAUCUGUUUGUCCUCAAUUGACCUACUUUUGGAUGUGGGCGGGGCUACACACUGGCGUGCAAUGUUCAAUAAAUGGCUGCAGCUCAUUCACAAAAAUCGUAGCAUGCAGGCCGAAAGUAA